UUCGACUGAAGAUGUCAAAAUGCUAUUGCACACUACAAUUGAUUUUUGUGUGUGUGUGUGUACAAUUAGCUUAAAGUAUUAAUGGAAAAAGUAGGUAGUUGCAUCUAAUGAUUUUUUUGGAGUAAUCUGAACCAUCUGCCUCUAUAUAUUAAGGAGUUCUUUCUUUAAUCCAGAUUAUGGCUGACAAACUGGUUUUGGCAUUCACGUUUCACUAGCACUGUGCCCUUGAAGAGCUGAUGUGGCUGUAGAAACUCUCUCGCUUACAACUGUUGUGUUUGAAAACAUUUUUUGUUUGGCUUUCUUGUAGUUGUUUUCUUAGAGCUCCUUUUUUGUUUGGUUGGUUGGGGUUUUUUUUGUUUUUUUGAGAAGAUGGCCUUUCUAAUGAAAAGUAUGUUGAGCAACCAGGUAAAGAAUUUGGGACUUGGAGGUGGAGGGGACGAAAGCAAAGAAGAAAGCACUCCUUCUGAUCCAGCAGCAGCUGCAGGAAUGACCAGAGAGGAGUAUGAGGAAUAUCAAAAGCAAAUGGUUGAGGAGAAGAUGGAAAGAGAUGCAGCAUUUGCACAGAAAAAAGCAGAGCGAGCUGUUCUGAGGGUUCACCUGAGAGAAAAGUACAGACUGCCCAAGAGUGAAUUGGAUGAGAAUCAAAUACAAAUGGCUGGAGAUGAUGUGGGAUUGCCAGAAGACCUUCAGAAGAUGGUGGCAGAAGAUCAGGAGGAGGAAGAAGACAAGGACUCUAUCCUGGGCCAGCUGCAGAACAUCCAGAAUAUGGACAUGGAUGCCAUCAAAGAAAAGGCACAAGCCACCUUCACUGAGAUGAAACAGGCAGCUGAGCAGAAAUGUUCCAUGAUGUAGAAGAGCCACCGCUGCCCAAAGGCUGUAACUUCAGUCUUGUGUUGCUGGGGAUGCAGAGGGAGAGCAGGCAGAGGGAAGCACUUAGCUCUGUAGCAUUCAGUGUAAAUAUAGAAAUGUGAUGAGAGAGAGACUUAAAAUCCUGAGGGGAGAGUAAAAUUUUACCUGCUGGGACUGCCUAGAGGGAAGUUAGAAUUGAUCCUCAGUUUUGAACAUAACUUUUUCCCCCAUGGAAAAAAAUGGCUUCAAAAGAGUUAAAAUUGGGGAAAAAAUGUGCCUUUUUCCAUUUUUUCCACAUGACUGAAAUGCUAUUAAAUGUG